AAGUUGUGGUGUCUUAUAUGGCACUUAAGUGUUUCAUAAUUAUGAUAAAUUGUCUUUCGUCGAAAUAGAAUGGAAAAAGGAUCAAGAAUGACAUACCAACUACGUAGAACGUUAAUCUGCUCUAUGGAGAUCUUGCCAAGACCUUCAAGAUGUGUCUAAGAUUCGGAUUACCGGCUUUCGUUUGGAUAUUAAUGGCUCUUCUGUUGAAGACAUCGAAAGCGAAUUAUCAAGAAACCGCAGAAAAGCUCCAUGAAAUAACCGAUCCUGAUACUUACCACAAAUAUCUGCGGCCGUAUCACAAAGGUUACGCAGUUAAUGUCACCGUCAAACUAACUGUGGUACAUUUCGUAGCUGUAAGGGAAAUGAACGAGGAAUUUUCCCUAGACCUUGUGAUCUGGCAAAAGUGGAUGGAUGCACGGUUGAAACAUUCGUUGAAUUAUUCCAUUACUUUGCCUGCAAACGCCAAGCACCGGAUUUGGCUCCCUGACACUUUUUUCUUGAACGUGAGAAGUGCUACUGUGCAUGACGUCAUUUCGGAAAACAGCAAAGUCUCAAUAAGCCCCGCGGGUCUCGUAACUUACAGUUCAAGAAUAACCAUUAGUGCAGGAUGCCCUAUGAACUUAAGGGACUAUCCAAUGGAUGAACAGAUGUGUGACUUAGAGUUAUCAACUUAUGCAUAUACUGAAGAAAAUCUCGAGUUCAGGUGGUUGAAUAAAAGUCGAGAUGCUCCGAUAACUGUCAAGGACGAACAUUUAGCCGAAUUAGCGCUCAUCGACACAGAAACCUUAACCAAAUAUGAGGUUUAUGCUGACGGAUCACAUACAAAACUCGUGGCUCGUUUUUGGUUCAAACGGCGUCUGGGAUAUGCACUUCUUCAAAUCUACAUCCCUACUAUCAUGCUUGUGGUCUUGUCUUGGUUUUCCUUUUGGAUUCCUGAAGAAUCUGUUCCAGCCCGUGUAGCGCUUGGAAGUACAACUGUGCUUUCUAUUGUGACAUUUACUGGCUCAUUCAGGAGUUCUCUACCGAAGGUAUCAUAUAUAAAAGCAGUGGAUGUCUACUUUAUCGUUUCGUUUGCAUUCGUUUUCGCGGUAGUCUUUGAGUACGUUUUAGUUUUGCUUAACACUGGAAUAAAGCGCCAAAGACGUGUCAGUAGUACAUAUCUCUCAGGAAAUAACAAUGAGGCAAACGGCUCAAAGAUAGACGUGUUUAAUAGCAUACAAGAAUUGCAGGAUAUCAAAGUAGAGAGUCUGGAAUCUUCGAAAGAAAAGUCUAAGAAAGGGAAACAUAGCUCAGUAAGGAAGGCCAAAGAGUAUAUGCGCUAUGCUUUUGUAAGGAAUGAAGGUAGCUCAAUUGACCGAGUAUGUCGUUAUAUUUUUCCUUUUUGUUACGCUGUAUUUAAUGCGGUUUACUGGGCUUAUUAUGAGUUGUCGACAUUUGGAAAGCAUCCACCUUCCGAUAUGUAACAAGUAUGUGACUUCAGACAACACUCAGGAAAGGUUAACAUUGAAGACAGAUUAAAUAGAUUCACUAUACGCAUGCUUUGUUUUUUCAUCUUACUUACCAGGAUUUUAUUCAUCGAGGUUUGAUAGGUGCACAUUACAUUUAAGACAGUGGUUACCGAUCAUGCGUAUGAAGAUCAACUUAAAUUCUUCAACCACCUGAUAUUCCAAUUUCAGUGAGGGUUGCACGAUCCCUGGACUUCGCAGUUUAGAGUUUCAUGGCAAAAUUCAAGAACCAAGAGUUCAGUAUCCUCUUUACCACCCCCAACACGGCUAGGCAAUCAAAAGUUUCGAUAAAACCUACUGGCCAUUCUGUCUAAUAUCAAAAUACCAAUUAAGCUACAGAGAUAAGAUUUCGGAAAGAGUCUGAGAGUUCUAAAGAAGGUACGGCCUUCAUCCUGCGUUGAAAAGAGACACACGGUGUUCUCCGACCUCACUGAGACAUAGAUUCUAAACCAAGAGAAUAUGAACUCUUUUUUCUAAACAGUAACAAAAUAAAAUAUACUUUUGAAUAGGUUAGUAGUAUUAGUAAGAAAAACUAUGAUAUUUCCUUUUCAUGGCAUGAAUAAUUUCGUUUGAUAUCGAAUUAAGCUUUGGAAGAGCCGCCAGGCGUCUCUAAAAGUGUUGCUCUUUGCCUUCUGCGAGUGGUGGUGGAGAAAGUGAUUUUUUUAUGCAAUUGUAGUUGCUAACUUAAAUCUGAGCCGAUCUUUAUUGUUAAGUACACCAACAAAAGAUAAUUACUCAACGGCAGCAUUCGGAUUCCGUAGGACUCGGCGUCAAUGAAGAAAGUGGCAAUACGACUAAAAGAUCCAGUGUACUCAUCAUUUUAAAAUUCUCAUACAUUCUAGAUCUGUAAAGGGGAGUUUGAAGGAUCUCUUUCAUAUGCAUGAAUUUGAGACGGAAUCGAAACGAAGAUAGCUGAUAGCGCUCUAAUUGGACUGUUUAAUAUUUGCUCUUCUCUAUGUUUCAAAAUAGCAUAAAGAAAAACUUAAAGACCUCUGUUAAAACUUUCUUCUUACAGAACAUCACUUUUAAAGCGGGUCACGUGAAAAAAAUUAACCAAAACGCAUUAUAGGAGACGAACAAUAAUGCCAACUAAAUUCCGUUGAACCAGUCAUUGCUUAGAGCUAAAUAAGUAGCGAUGAUAAAAAAUUUUGGUGAAAUCCAAUGUUCGCUUCCUGUAAUCGGAUUGGUCAGUUUUGUUUAUACAGUGAGCACCGGUAAUGGAAAUCGCACUUUAUUUGGCCGUUAUGAAAAACCUUUAGUUAGUGUUUCUCAUGUUACAGAUCUUGCUUCUUAAAAUUUCUAUAUCUACUUAACUUGCAAUCAAAUAAUUCAAACGAAGACUACAACGAAACUCUCGUAUCCUAACCGAUGUUGCGUAAAUUCCUUCUCGUU